GACACAAUCAGGGUUUGAAGCCUUUGUGCUAAUUGAUACCAGAUGUUGCUUCUUGGCUGUUGGGUUCAUUGAGAUGGUAUUUUACCCCCGCGACUGACACAUGGCGAGCAACUAGACGUGCUGAAUAUUGAUACUUAUGGCUGCCGAAAUGUGAUCCAUGGGAAACCUGGGUCGCCGCGCUCACAGCCCGCACGUCACCGCCCUGACAUCAGCACCCGGCUUAAAAGCCCGCGGCUCCGAGCCGUGUAAACACACGCGGGCACACCUUCGUGUGGGCGCGUCGGGACGCCAACAGGACAGAAGAAUCACCUCGGUGCAGUGGUGCACUUCGUGCUCAACCGGACGCCGGACAUUUCAGGCUCGUGCCAUUCAAACAUGGAGCAGUUUGAGUUGCGCCCAACCUCGUAAACUUCUUGCACUUGUCAACCGCCGUGCGCUGUUGCUCCUGACGAUGAUCAACGACACGCUCGCGUUCGGAGAACUGGCGGCGAACGCGUCUGGGCCGCUGACUCUUCUCUCCAUCAGCCGCAACCACAGUGCGCUGCGGCUGGAGUCCAAGUCUCUGGUCACGUCAGCCACCAUGUUCGCCGUGGGAGUGCUGGGGAACCUCAUCGCCGUAGCUGUGCUGUGCAUCUCCAAAAAGGAGCAAAAGGAAACCACCUUCUACACGCUGGUCUGCGGGAUGGCCAUCACAGACCUGUUGGGCACAUGCUUCACCAGCCCGGUGGUGAUCGCCACAUACGUAGCCAAUCGCUGGCCGGGAGGAGUGCUGCUCUGCCACUUCUUCUCCUUCUCCAUGCUGUUCUUCGGCUCCGCCGGGAUGUCCAUCCUGUGCGCCAUGGCCGUGGAGCGAUACCUGGCCAUAAACCGCGCGUAUUUCUACUCCCGGCACAUUGACAGGACGAUGGCGCGCUUCGCGCUCCUGGUCACCUACCUCGCGAACAUUGUUCUGUGCAUCAUGCCCAGCUUCGGCUUCGGGCAGCACGUCAGACACUUUCCCGGGACCUGGUGCUUUCUGAACUGGAGGGCGGUGGAUCCGCUCGGAGCCUGCUACUCCUUCCUGUAUGGCGGCGUGAUGGUGGUGCUGAUCACGGUGACCGUGUUUUGUAACCUGGCGGUGUGCAGGUCGCUGGUGGGCAUGAACCAAAGGACAGGGAUAGUGAGGACGGAGUCGUGUGACCCGGGAGCUUCACGUCGCCUCUUCCCCCGGCUGCAGUCGGUCACCUCGGCGGCGGAGAUCCAGAUGUUCUGGCUUCUGAUCUUCAUGACCAUCGUGUUCCUGGUUUGCUCCAUCCCGUUGGUGGUGCGAAUCUUCGUCAACCAGCUUUACGGCCCUGCGUAUAUUUCGGCCGGGGGGAAGCCCGAUUACCGCAGCGACUUGAUGGCGAUCCGCUUCGCGUCAUUCAACCCCAUACUAGACCCCUGGGUGUAUAUUCUGUGCCGGAAGAACCUGCUGCUAAAGGGCUGCGAGAGGCUAAAGAGGACGGUGGCGCACGCCAGGGACGGCCGCGGAGACAACGUGGGCUGGGUCGAAGGUCAACACUCGCCUCCGUCUUUGAAAAGCAACGACACCAGUUACGCGUCGUUACGCACAGCCAGCUACAGGAACGACGUGGAGCAACACGUGUCGACCAAAAACGAACCCUUCACGGACGUCGCCAUGAGACAAGCGUGGGAGUACGACACCGCCCGGGUCAACUUCCACCCGUUCAGCGUCGAGUCCACCGCCGAUUCCAAACAGGAGGCGGCGGCGAAGUUGUGUCCGGGACGCGGCCCAGCGCGCGUGAGAGGAGUGGACAUUGUCACCUGCACGUUCAGCACACCGAGCUCCUGUCAGUCGGCCGAAGGCCUCUGAUUGGACAUCCGCCACCUGCCAACACAGGUUCAGAAAUGUUUCAAAGUCUGGCAGCUCUUCCGUCUCCACAGCAAACUGGCACUCAUUCAUUUGACUGUGAGAAAAACACAUCUCUCUGAAUACGAUUCACUGCAGCAGAAAGGUCUGUUCAAUGAAUGUACUGGCUUUAUUUUCAACGCUUUUAAUUCAUAUUCUAGUGUAACGGAGGACCGUGCAGUAUGAAGCUUUACCUUUCCAACGUAUUUUCGUGUCCAGUCAUUCACGCUGAGCCCAGAAAACCACUGGCUUCAUCCUCAUCCGUAACCAAACUUGGUGGAUAUUGAAGGUUGCACAGUAUCAAUGGUAGUUUUUUUUAGUCUUUGUUGUCGAUGGAUCUGCUGAAAGUUCACAAUCAGCAUCGGAUGAAGCGUGUGGUGAUACAUUUCCAUCAAUGGAAAUGUAUAAUAUAAGUAUUAUACCCCAUGGGUACAAAUGUCUGACACUCUCCAGAGUUUGAAACACUGCAUGAGUUCAUGUGUGUCAUUUACAAUACAUGUUUAUUCAGAGGCCAAUGUGUUGUCCUUACACUGCAUCUCAUGCCCUUGUUUUAAAUUUACAAGCUGCUAAUUCACUCUGUGCCAUUCAACAGUGUUGCAUGAUGCAGGGAAGACUGAAUCUUGAAUGUUGUUAAAUCUCGUUUCAUAUUGCACAUCCCCAUGUUAUGUUUAUGAUAUGUACAGUUGUACACCUUUUUUUUUGAAAGGAAAAAAUAAACAUAUUGUUGCUGUAAGCUGUAUGAGCUGUGGUGUUUUGACGUUUGCCGGAAGUGUUGAUGGGUCUGUGCAGAGAAAUAAUAAAGUGACACUGAG